AGGCCUGGCUUUGGGGCCCAUGGGGCUCUUGCGGCCUGACACUCCAUCACAGUGACCUCCCGCGCCCAAGAGCUCCGUAAGGACAGAGUUUGUGGAAGGAAGGAGUGGGUGACCAGGAAUGGGGGCUUGGGCUUCAGGGACAGCUGUGGUGAGGGACUCCGAGCCCCCAUGUGGGUGCAGGUCCGGAAGCCGGGGCUGCGGUUGGUUGGGGAGGUCGGGUGGGGCUGCUUCCCCUGCAGGAGAGCUCUUCCGGGCUUUUGGCGCGGCUUCACGAGGCAGUCUGGGUAUUGUUACCCAGACUGUGUCUCUCGUGCCCCCUUGGCCUGGAUCAGGUUCUCAGGAAGUCUCAGGGUAGUGAGGGUCUCAGUGCCUUGGCUUGGGGCUGGGCACUUCGUGAGCUGGAGUCAUGGAGGCCAAACUGGGGGCCUCUGGGCCAGGUGGUGGCUUCAGGCUUGCCACUGGGACAGGAGGCCAGUCUAGACAGUGAGGCCUCACUGCGCUCUGUGGGUAGCCUGCUGAGCUCUGGGUGGGAGACGCCUCUUUCACUGACCUUCUGUGACUGGCUUCUCUGCUGGUCUGAGUGGGAAGGGACUGCAGAGAUCCUGGAGGCCUUUCCUGCCCUGGAGGAGUCAGGCCCAGAGAGGGUGAAGAAAUGCCUGAGUCACACAACUGGUGACAGGGAGAGCUGGAACCGUACCUGACAUCACCUGAUAUUCAGGCCACGGCUCUAUUCCCUGCACUGCCUUACCUGUGGCAGAUGGGGAAACUGAGGCAGGUCAAGUUCUGGUCUCCGUGGAGUAACCGCGUGUGGAGUCGCACAGGAGGAUGCCAGCGGCACAGUGAGCGAGGCCUGGCGCCAGAGCUGUGCAGACCUCUCAUUGGCCAUGGAGCAGCAGGCCCAGGGGCCCUCUCCCCAGCCCCGCUUGCCUGCCUCGGAGAGGCCAGAGGCCUAGGCCCACGGGGGAGGCUGUUGGCAGACAGAUGCCCUCCAGACCCUGGGGCCUCCUUAACAGCCAGUGGACACAUUUGCUGACAGCGGAGAAUGCCGGCCAAGGGCCGAUACUUCCUCAACGAGGGUGAGGAGGGCCCUGACCAAGAUGCGCUCUACGAGAAGUACCGUCUCACCAGCCAGCACGGGCCGCUGCUGCUCACGCUCCUGCUGGUGGCUGUCAUCGCCUGCCUGGCGCUCAUUAUCAUCGCCUUCAGCCACGGGGACCCCUCCAGACACCAGGCCAUUCUGGGCACGGCGUUCCUGGUGCUGGCAGUGUUUUUGGCCCUCUCUGUGCUGGUGUAUGUCGAGUGUCUCCUGAGGCGCUGGCUCAGGGCCUUGGCGCUGCUUGCCUGGGCCUGCCUGAUGACCCUGGGCUACGUGCUGGUGUUUGACGCGUGGACGAAGGCGGCCUGUUCGUGGGAGCAGGUGCCCUUCUUCCUGUUCGUUGUCUUCGUGGUGUACACGCUGCUGCCCUUCAGCAUGCGGGGGGCUGUGGCUGUAGGGGUCAUCUCCACCGCCUCCCACCUCCUGGUACUCUGCGCUCUGAUGGGAGGCUUCACAACGCCCAGCGUCCGGGUAGGGCUACAGCUGCUGGCCAACGCGGUCAUCUUCCUGUGCGGGAACCUGACUGGUGCCUUCCACAAGAACCAGAUGCAGGAUGCAUCCCGGGACCUCUUCACCUACACUGUGAAGUGCAUCCAGAUCCGCCGGAAGCUGCGCAUUGAGAAGCGCCAGCAGGAGAACCUGCUGCUGUCGGUGCUCCCGGCCCACAUCUCUAUGGGCAUGAAGCUGGCCAUCAUUGAGCGGCUCAAGGAGCAUGGCGACCGCCGCUGUGUGCCCGACAACAACUUCCACAGCCUCUACGUCAAGCGGCACCAGAAUGUCAGCAUCCUCUAUGCGGACAUCGUGGGCUUCACGCGGCUGGCCAGCGACUGCUCCCCCAAGGAACUGGUGGUGGUACUGAACGAGCUCUUUGGCAAAUUUGACCAGAUCGCCAAGGCCAACGAGUGCAUGCGGAUCAAGAUCCUCGGCGACUGCUACUACUGUGUGUCAGGCCUGCCUGUGUCGCUGCCCACCCACGCCCGGAACUGCGUGAAGAUGGGGCUGGACAUGUGCGAGGCCAUUAAGCAGGUGCGGGAGGCCACAGGCGUGGACAUCAACAUGCGUGUGGGCAUACACUCUGGGAAUGUGCUGUGCGGGGUCAUCGGGCUGCGCAAGUGGCAGUAUGACGUGUGGUCCCAUGACGUGUCCCUGGCCAACCGGAUGGAGGCAGCCGGAGUCCCCGGCCGGGUGCACAUCACGGAGGCAACACUGAAGCACCUGGACAAGGCGUAUGAGGUGGAGGAUGGGCACGGGCAGCAGCGGGACCCCUACCUCAAGGAGAUGAACAUCCGCACCUACCUGGUCAUCGACCCCCGGAGCCAGCAGCCACCCCCGCCGAGGCAACAGCCCCCCAGGUCCAAGGGGGACGCGGCCCUGAAGAUGCGGGCGUCAGUGCGCAUGACCCGCUACCUCGAGUCCUGGGGGGCAGCUCGGCCCUUUGCGCACCUCAACCAUCGUGAGAGUGUGAGCAGUGGCGAGACCCCUGUCCCUAAUGGGCAGAAGCCCAAGAGCAUUCCCCAUCGCCACCGCCGGACCCCUGACAGGAGCAUGUCCCCCAGGGGGCGGUUGGAGGACGACUCGUAUGACGAGAUGCUGUCAGCCAUCGAGGGGCUCAGCUCCACGAGGCCCUGCUGCUCCAAGUCUGACGACUUCUACACCUUUGGGUCCAUCUUCCUGGAGAAGGGCUUUGAGCGCGAGUACCGCCUGGCGCCCAUCCCCCGGGCCCGCCACCACUUCGCCUGCGCCAGCCUGAUCUUCAUCUGCAUUCUGCUUGUCCAUGUCCUCCUCAUGCCCAGGACGGUGGUGCUGGGUGUGUCCUUCGGGCUGGUGGCCUGUGUGCUGGGGCUGGUGCUGGGCCUCUGCUUUGCCACCGAGUUCUUGAGGUGCUGCCCAGCCCAGGGGAUACUCCGCACUAUCUCCGAGAGGGUGGAGAUGCAGCCCCUGCUGAGGCUGACCCUGGCUGUCCUGACCAUCGGCAGCCUGCUCACCGUGGCCAUUGUCAACCUGCCCCUGAUGCCUUUCCCAGUCCCAGAGCUGCCUUUCGGCAACGAGACAGGCCUGCUGGCCAUGAGCAGCAAGGCAAGGGCCCUGUGUGAGCCCCUCCCGUACUACACCUGCAGCUGCAUCCUGGGCUUCAUCGCCUGCUCCGUCUUCCUGCGGAUGAGCCUGGAGCCAAAGGUUGUGCUGCUGACAGUGGCCCUGAUAGCCUACCUGGUGCUCUUCAACCUCUCCCCGUGCUGGCAGUGGGACUGCUCCAGCCAAGGCCUGGGCAACCUCACCGAGCCCAACAGCACCACCAGCGGCACCCCUAGCUGUUCCUGGAGGGACCUGAAGACCAUGAUCAAUUUCUACCUGGUCCUGUUCUACAUCACCCUGCUCACGCUCUCCAGACAGAUUGACUAUUACUGCCGCUUGGACUGCCUAUGGAAGAAGAAGUUCAAGAAGGAGCACGAGGAGUUUGAGACCAUGGAGAACGUGAAUCGCCUUCUUCUGGAGAACGUCCUGCCAGCCCAUGUGGCCGCCCACUUCAUUGGUGACAAGUUAAAUGAGGACUGGUACCAUCAGUCGUAUGACUGCGUCUGUGUCAUGUUCGCCUCUGUGCCAGACUUCAAAGUGUUCUACACAGAGUGCGACGUCAACAAAGAAGGUCUGGAGUGCCUCCGCCUGCUCAACGAGAUCAUUGCCGACUUUGAUGAGCUCCUGCUGAAGCCCAAGUUCAGUGGUGUGGAGAAGAUCAAGACCAUUGGCAGCACAUACAUGGCAGCUGCAGGGCUCAGCGUCACCUCGGGGCACGAGAACCAGGAGCUGGAGCGGCAGCAUGCCCACAUUGGUGUCAUGGUGGAGUUCAGCAUCGCCUUGAUGAGCAAGCUGGACGGCAUCAACAGGCACUCCUUCAACUCCUUCCGCCUCCGCGUUGGUAUAAACCAUGGGCCUGUGAUUGCUGGAGUGAUAGGGGCCCGAAAACCUCAGUAUGACAUCUGGGGAAACACGGUCAACGUGGCCAGCCGAAUGGAGAGCACUGGAGAACUUGGGAAAAUCCAGGUUACUGAGGAGACCUGCACCAUCCUCCAGGGCCUCGGGUACUCAUGUGAAUGCCGUGGCCUGAUCAACGUCAAAGGUAAAGGCGAGCUGAGGACUUAUUUUGUCUGUACGGACACUGCCAAGUUUCAGGGGCUGGGGCUGAACUGAGGGCUCCUGCUGGAUUCUGAGCAGUCUGGGAAGCCAAUCUCCUUCCCUGAAGCAAGCCAGAAGACUCCGCCCCAUGCCAAUCCCAAAGGCACUCAGAGGGUGUGGUUACCUCCUGGCAGAUGGCUGCGAAUGUUGGCUUCUUUGGACCUGUGCUGGAGGAUUUCUUAGACACAUGCACCAGAUUCUGGCUCGAAGCAGCCACUGAGCCAUAAUGCGCAGUGGCGACCAGAAACUCUGUGCCUGGUCUAACAGCUUCCAGUCUAGCUCUUAAGCCCACGUCCCCUCUUCCAGAAGAAUGUUCACUGGUUCAGGGCUGAGAUCUUUGUUCCCUGAGGUGCUACAGAGGCGACUUGAGCACAUGAUGAAAACAGAUGCCCAACUUGGUGGCCUGUGAGCAUGCACAAGUGAGGUGGUCUGUCUUUCUAGACAGCGAGGAGGAGUAAGCUGAGCUGUCUAGUAUGGACUGGAGACUCCCUCUUCCUGGUGGGCCUGGCAAUGAGAGUGUUUCUCACAGAGGCAUUCUGGUAAAGGAAGCUGAAAGGGGUGUUUUACAUCUGUAAACAGUUUCAAACAGUAGAGAGAAACACACCAUAAUUAGCACUGUUACUUUUUGCCUGGUCUGGCAUGUUUGUUUAAAAUGGAUACAUUAAUGGGGGUUUUAUCCUCUGAAUGACUUUUUAGACACUAGACAAAAUCUCUUCCCUCCAGUGUAUUCUCUGCAUUUUUAACCACUGAUAUGAAGCAGGACUACUGUCCAGCAUCAGCUUAUGGGGUCAGCCGGCUGUAGGGGUUGAGUCCUGAGGAAUGUGGUCAUGGCAAGAAGGGAGGGAGCAGUGGAGCCUUGGCUUUGAAUGAGGCUGCUCGUGAGGCAAGUAUUCUGGAGAGAGAUGCCUAGAAAGUAAGAUGCGGCCUUUCAGCUCUUCCUCAACUACUCACUCAUCUUUGCUUUCUCCCCUGCCAUCCUUCAACUGUAUCUUACUUUUCUUACUGGAAAGGAAUGGAGUCUGUUUAGAAAUAACUUGGACAACCUGUGGAUGAGUCUUUCCUUUAGUCUUCAGAGCUAACUCUGGAGAGCUUCCAAACUAGAAGGACCUACUCAGCAUGGGUACGUGCAGAGGCUCCUGGAUCUGGGAAGCCAGCCCCUCACAAAUGCUGAGCUGUUUUGUUCUGAAACGACAUGAGUCAAGGCAAAUGCAAAAAGCCAGGUUUUUGGGAUGUGUCUUACUGGGCUUCAAACUCCCCAAGGAACUAAAAGUAAACCUAAGGGUUUCAGGGUGAGAAAUAACCAAACUGCCUGUGCCUUUUUCCGAACGGACUUCGUAACCAGAAGUCUUAACCAGUGGCCUCAUCGCCAGAGCAUCUCUAGGAUUUCUAAUGCACUCAAUUUCCUUACAUAGCAGGGAUUCUUAGCUAGAAGUUACCAUAACUCCCUGAAGUUAUACAGAAAGUCUUGCAUACAGGAGCCUUUACAAGAUUAUACAGGGUUGCAGACUGGGUAGACUGACCAGACUUGGGGUCCUGGGAUGAGCUACCUUCUGGUUGCAAAUUAGAGUACAGCCAAGUUGGGGGGUGGCAGUGGAGGGGAUGAAAAUCGAACCUGCCAACCUGUGCUGUGUAUGUGUGGCUUUAUCAGCCCGAGGAAGGGCAGGCAUAUUCUAAUUUGCACAAAGGUGCUGGGAGGACUAGUUGUAGCUCUGAUGUGUUGCAUGUAACUGGAAUCAGUAUGAAUGCAAGAACUUGCUGUAUAAAGGAAUUCCAUGGCAACAGUGCUGGCAAGGGCAGUAAGCCUCGCUUAAGCUGCCUUUUUUACACACCAGCUUUUCACAUGAAGGGCUGGUUUCAUCUGAAUACUGUACUGAAAUCUGUGCUCUUAAGAUCUCGCAGUGACCAGGGCUGCCUGGUGGGGGAUCUCCUGGGAAGUCGGGAAGCUUUCUGUUGCUAAUACAACAUGGAAACACAUCAGUGCACUAGGCCUCUCUGAGGUCAGCAUAUCUGUACUCUUGCAAUAUUUAAGUUGCUUUUUUCUUCAAUAACAAAAACCCCAGUUGAGAGUUUAACAAGUAACUGACUACCAUUCAUGCAUUUUUAUUUCCAAUUAAAGCACUUAUGCUCAGAUAAUAAUAGUUUGUAAGUUUUUAGUUUUCAGCGUUCAGAUUAUAGAGUAUAACUGACCAUAAAAAUCACCUGCAAGUAUUUUCUUGUUAUGAACCUGUUUUUAAAUUACCAAGUAAUUUAUUUACUGGUGUCAUUUUGUUUCAUGACAGAAAUAAGUACCUGUUCUAACAGUGACCUUCUCUUUAUGGGUCAAGGACUUCCUUACAAUUUCUCCUGAGUUAACUGGUGAAAAGAAUACCUGAAAUUUUCUGGCUUGAGAAAAUUUCCUAACAGAAGAGAAGAUAACCACUGUAUACUCUGUGUAUAUAAUAGGUCAAUGUAAAGAAAUAUGAUUUGAGGUGGUGCAUGCAAAUAACUAGGGUUUUUUCUGUAUAUUGAAUGUUUAUAUAGAUCUGUAACAUUUGUUUCAAAAUGCUGUUUCAUUUUUAUAAAGUACCAGUGUUUAGCUGUUUUUUAUACAUUAAAUUAGCAAUUUGGUUAA